AUGAGCAUUUUGUCCAUUUCCGAUGCUAAACCGCCGAGGUUACUGGGCUGGGGCCGUCGUUGCAAAGCAUCCUGGAAGGUCGGCGUGCUGGCGGCAGGGUUCAUGGGUCUACUGUGUCCGAUGCUAUCGCUACUGCCCUGGGCAUCGAUGGAACUAUUCGACGCGUCUACUGUGCAGAUGCUGAGGUUUCUGUUGGCCGAAGGGCCGUCCAUCUUCAUUUUUCACCUCUGUCAGGGGCUCGAUGGCAUGAUUCUUGCUGGCUAUCUGGGGUGGAUAGCCUUCCAGUGUCUGCUCUACACGGGGCUCCCGGGACGCAUAUGCAAGGGACAUACCACACCCGCGGGAUAUCUCCUCAGCUAUCGAUCCAAUGGACUAUUUGCCUUUGGCAUCUCGAUUCUUGUGGUCGUGGCGCUGUCUAUCGGCGACGUCGUGGAUCCAGCGAUUAUUGCCUCCAACUGGGGAUCUCUUCUACUGCUGGGCAAUAUCUAUGGGUUUGUUUUAUGUAUUCUGUUUUAUGCCAAGGCCAGCUUAUGGCCAUCCCAUCCAGAGGAUAGGAAAUAUACAGGAUCGGUUUUUUACGACCUGUACAUGGGGGUCGAACUGAAUCCCCGGUUUGGAAAACUGUGGGAUAUGAAGCUCUUUCACAUUGGCCGCACCGGGAUGAUCUCGUGGAUUGUGAUUGAUCUUUCCUUCACGGUAUAUCAGUACCGAAUGCACGGUUACAUCACAUCUUCUAUCAUUGUGGUUGACAUUCUUCAUCUGCUGUACGUGGCAGACUUUUUCUUUCGCGAGGACAGGUACCUGCGCACCAUUGACAUAGAACAUGAUCAUUUCGGUUUCUACUUUGCCUGGGGCUCAUCGGCAUUCUUGCCGGCGGUAUAUACCUUGCAGACACAAUUUCUUGCGCGGAAACCCGUGCACCUACAUCCGACCACGGCUGCUGCGAUUCUUGCCGCCGGGAUCGGCGGGUAUUUGAUCUAUUGCUGUGCCAACGAGCAAAAGCACCUAACCCGCAAGACGCGAGGUAAUUGUACGAUUGCCGGGACAAGGCCGAAGGUCAUGAAGUGCUUCUACCAGACUGCCAACGGGGUGGAACACGAGUCUCUUCUUCUCUGCUCCGGGUGGUGGGGAUACGUUCGCCAUGCCAAUUACCUGGGAGAUCUCAUUCUGUCAUACGCAAUGUGUGCGCCUUGCGGGAUAACUCACCUCCUCCCGUGGACGUAUGCCAUUUUCAUGACCAUUAUCCUUGCCCAUCGAUGUCUGCGAGACGAGAAGCGAUGUUUAGCCAAAUACGGAGCCUCCUGGGAGAGCUACUGCAACCAGUGCGUCAAAUCGAAGACUCCGGAGCAGUGCGUAUAUUCGGGACCUCAGGUGACUGCGCAACCAGAGUCGCGACCCGUGGGAAACACACCCCCCGACCGCGUGCAGAUGCCGGGAAGUCGCGCCAGUUCGGUGCACGGCGGACUCUACGUUUUUGACUCGAAACACCAAUCCUCGGCGAACCGAGUCGCCAAGCCGAAAGGGUGGCCCGAGGAGAUAUACGAACUGCGCCACCGCGUGCAGAUGCUGGAACAUGCUUUAUCGAGAACAGGUUCGGUUCACACGCCAGAGGGCUCGGGUCUGGAUGGUCUGGGGGUACCGACGCUGCGGACGUCGUAUGAUGCACAGUACAUAAGCGAAGAUGUCAAGCACCUGCCACGGGGAGCCUGCUUUCGUGGCAAGAAUGGGAAGACAAGAUUCUGCGGGCGCUGCCAUUGGGGCGUGACUCUUUCAUACUUCAAAGACAUUGGCACCGUGUUGAGAGGUCGACGAGAAAAAUUCAAAUCGAAGGAUUCGGACUACUCGCGGCUGAAGAAGCUGAGAGGGGAGGUGUGUUCUCGCGAACAACAGGAUCACCAGCGUGUCUACCGCGAGAAGGCCUUUUCGAUGGAAGAGAUGAUUCCCCACAAAAGAGUAGCGGAUGAGCUUCUGAGCUUGUAUCUGUCUACCUUUGAGACCACGUACCGCAUCCUGCAUGUUCCGACAUUCCUCAAACAGUACGAUGCUUACUGGGCCGGCACGGAACGGGUGGACAUGGUUUUUCUGGCCAAGUUGCUGGCGCUUAUGGCUGCCAGUAGCUGUUUCUUCGGGCCGACGACGAGAUUGAACGAGACCGAUACGUUGCAUAGCUCGGCUUCGGCAUGGAUCAUGUCUGUUCAGUCGUGGAUUGCAUCCUCCUUCGUGAGUUCGACUAUCAAUCUGGACAUGUUGCAAAUACAGUGUAUCUUGAUGAUCGCGCGUCAAGCAGAUGCAACCGACGGUGAUCUUGUGUGGAUUUCAUCCGGGUCGUUAAUGCGAUCGGCGAUGACUAUGGGCUUGCAUAGGAGCCCGUCGUAUUUCGGCAAAAUGACCCCAUUCUGGGCGGAAAUGCGCCGGCGGUUGUGGGCCACGAUCCUCGAAUUUGAUCUGGAGUCGUCUUUGGAUGGAGGAAUGGCCCCUUCAAUGGAUCUAGAUGAGUUUGACUGCGAACCGCCGUCGAACUACGACGACGCUGAUCUGACGGAAGAGAUGACUGAGGACGUUGCUCCCAAAGAUCCGGGAUUGCUCACGCGCAGCAGCUUUCAGGUCCUCCUGUCCCGAUCGCUGGCGCUCCGCGUGCGGAUAGCGAAGCAGAUCAACAGACUGAAAUUCGGGUUGUCAUAUGACGAGGCGUUGCGUCUGGGCGAGCAAUUGGUUAUGUAUAUGAACGAGGCCCUCGCGUUGUACCCGGACGGCGGAUCGACGGCGCUCAGCCCUUCGGGCAACCUGCCAUUCGCCCGGUCAUUCUUGAUUUUUCUCAUGCGCAGGUUUGUGCUUAUUCUUCAUCGACCGUUUGCUCUGAGCGUUUCGGUUUCUCCUAAAUUCUCUUUUUCGCGCAAGAUCUGUCUCGAGUCGUCCCUGGAGAUGCUUUCUCAGCUGGACCCGCCGCCGGUCAGUCUCCCCGAGGCACAGGCAUGUCCUCAUCUAGGACAGCUUGGGGGUGGAAUGUUCCGCGACGAGUUCUUCCACGCUGCUCUCACUGUCAGCGUGGAAAUUUGUUGGCAGACCGAGGAAUUAUCGCCUGGUCAUGCGCCGUCCGGCCAAUCCAGCUCGCUAAGCUCUCUAAAUGAGCUGGUCCGGUCCCAGCAGAGUGUUUUGUUGCAAGCCGUCGAAAGCACCCUCGACACUUUCGGGAAUCGGAUUAAUACGAGAGGGAAAGGCUGUAAGGCCUUCUUUUUCCUAAGCAUGGUGCUCGCCUCCGUCAAAGCCAGAAUGAGCGGAGAAGAUCCUCAGUUGAGAGCCGAGCAGGUGGCCAUGCGGGCCAUUCGGGACUGCGAGCAAAUCAUCAGGGGAACAUCCUGGGCUGAUCUUCGGGCUCGUCAAGAUGGUUCUGUCGGGGUGCCUUCGCUGACUCCCGGGCUGGAUUCCGCCUCGUCCGAUAUUCCGUUCGAUUGGUCCUCCCUUGGUCCUGCUGGUCUAGCGGAUCCUUCGCCUCUUGAUUUUGCGAAUAUGUUUGACGGGGUUGAUUAUGGCUCACCGGACUUCUUGGAAAACGAUUUCCUCAACUCUUUUUAA